AGACGCCAGCAGGAAGUGGCUGAGAGGGGGCGGGGCUUGACGGUGAUGGCGGAUGUUGCUGAAAUAGAGUCCGUGAAGAAUUAUCAAAUAGCGUUUGAGAAGAUCGACCUAACCGCCAGUCGCUAUCCGUACUGUAUCGUGUGGACACCAAUCCCCGUGUUAUCAUGGCUCUUUCCGUUCAUUGGGCACAUGGGGAUCUGCACAUCAGCAGGCGUGAUCCGUGACUUUGCUGGGCCUUACUUUGUAUCGGAAGACAACAUGGCGUUUGGAAGACCAACAAAGUACUGGAUGCUGGAUGUCAGCAAAGUAUACGCCAGUGGCUCUAAUGCUUGGGACACAGCAGUUCAUGAUGCUUCAGAGGAGUACAAACACAGAAUGCACAACCUUUGCUGUGACAAUUGUCACUCGCAUGUUGCCAUGGCAUUGAACCUAAUGCGCUAUGACAAUAGCACCUCGUGGAACAUGGUGAACCUCUGCUUACUUGCCCUCAUUAACGGCAAACAUGUCAGCUGUGUUGGCUUUCUGAAGACCUGGCUGCCGUUCCUUAUAUUAUGCAGCAUCAUUGUGUCCCUGGCUCUGUACAUGAACUUGCGGUGACCACACAGGGGUAGUAAGAGAAAGGAGGGCAUUGAGACCUCUGCAUCCUGAUGGAGAUCCUGGUCUGGACCAUAAAGUGGGACUCCAAUGAAUGUCAGCCGGACUACAGGGGACAACAAACUCGUCCACGUGCAGAUGAGGAGCUCCACAUCUGAAACCUAAAUCUAAGCUUGUUUUUCAUAGGAUGGAGAGAGAAAACCCAUUCUGGGUCCCUCGUCUCAUUGUAAUGUUAGGAAUUCUAUACUCAAAUGCUUGUUUCCGAGGUUUGAAAUUAGUGGUGCUGAUUUAUAGUUUGGUUGCAAAUUGGAUUAUUAUUCUGUGCCACAAUCAUAACCUCAGUUUAGACAAUUUAAUGCAACUAAUUUUAUAUCUGCACAGAAACACCAUACCCUCUGAAGCUAUAUUUUGUUCUACCUACAUUUCUUUUUCUUGAUAUCAUUGUAUCCUGUUUAUGGAACUUAUUGUCUGUGUGGUUUCUUUCUACCGAUUCUCUUUAUGUGCUGCAGAACAGCAUGUUUUCAAGGGCAUUAGCAUUUAAGUCAUUUUAUAUGCAGAUUUACCCUUUGCACUCAACUAUUGUACUGCCAUGCAAACAUGGGAUUUAUGAGAACAUUAGAUUCAUGAGAACAUGAGAUUAUGGAUUGUUGAGGUACAUGUAAUGUUAAAUAUUGGACAGCGCACUGCUGUAGUGGGUAGAGUUGCUGCAUCACAGCUCCAUAGUGCCAGGAUAGAUCCUGGGCUUGAGUUACUCUCUGUACCUCUGUGCACAUUCUCACCGUAUCCAUGUGGGUUUCCUCCGGCUUCUCCGGUUCCCCCACCUCCCAAACACAUGCCAGUAGGUGGAUUGGCUAUGCUAAAUUUACCCCUCAGUGUGAGUGUGUGUGUGUGUGUGUGUGUGUGUGUGUGUGUGUGUGUGUGUGUGUGUGUGUGUGUGUGUGGUGCUGUGCUAUGGACUGGCAUUCCAACCAGGGUGUAGUCCCACCUCAUGCCCAAACCUAAUCUAUAUCCGGAUUUCUGUAAAGCUGCUUUGUGACAAUGUUCAUUGUUAAAAGUGCUAUGUAAAUAACAUUGAAUUUUGGAUUUAUACAACAGAUACCAUCAUAUUCACAGAACCUCACAAUUCUAUUUUAAUAGUGGAUAAGCAUUACUGCUACUAUGCCAACCUCCUAUAAUGACUUUCCUAACUGUGUGGCACAGGUGCAGGCGGUAUGUAUGUGGGAUGCUGUUAGAGCAUAGUUUAUCUGAUCUCUCUGCUACUGUCACUUUCAUGGUCAUUUUUCUGACCAAUAAACAAAUGAUUGGAUGAUGAGGCAACAGAACUGAAUUUACAUGAAUAUACUUUAAUACACACUAAUGACUACAUAACUGCAGUCUGUAGAAUACAUUAUGAGGCUUGAUUUGACUGCUGUAAGUUGUUGUGAGAUCUUCAGCAGUGCUGAUGGCUGUGUGUGUCAGGUAGGGCUUGAGCAAUAGUAGCAUAUUCUACCUCAUCACACCACAGAUGAGCAAACUGAAAUGGGCUGAUGUGUUUUUAAAAACAGGUUUCCUUUCCCUUAAAUGAUGAGUCUGAUUCUAGUUCAGUGGUUCUUCAUGUCCAAGAUCUAUUUUUUUUUUUUUUUUCUUUUUUUUUUUUCAAGGUGGAACUGGAACCUGUCGGAUUGCACGCCACUCAGUUGACAGCAUUUAUAGUAAAAGCACAACUCUGCUCUUCAUGCAAAGGAGAAACAAAAUGUUUUAAUCAUAAACUUGUUUUAAUAAAAAUGUGCACAAUU